AACGUUAGCGUCUUUGCAAAGUUAGGUAUAAGCUAGCUAGGUUAGCUAGCACAAAUGACAGUCAGCUCAGCUAAUGUCAACGAACGGGCUAGCGCAGCGAACAUUAGCUAAGCUAGCUAGCAAUGUCGGAUGAACUACAACGUAGUUUGAGAUAACUGAUAAGUUAGCACAUAGAACCGCCAGUUUGUCUUAGCGACAGCUACUUGUUUUAUCCAUAGAGACUGCAUUGUAACACAGAAGCCAGCCAGCAGAACCGUUUCCUGGUUGUGAUUCCUCGGCUUGUUACCGCCCCGAGGUGUAGGAUACAAAUGGUUGGUGGAGGCAGGAGGUGUGAGUAGAGUGAAGUAGACAUCAGCAGCAUGUACUCCGAGUGGCGCUCGCUGCAGUUGGUGGUGCAGAGUGACCAGGGCCACCUCAGUGUUCUGCACACCUAUCCCACUAGUGUGGGCACAGAGGUGGCAAAUGCUGUGGUCAAGCCUCUGGGUACAGCUGUAAGCCCUGUCGCUACAGAGAACAUCCUCAAGACGGACAAGGAGGUGAAGUGGACCAUGGAGGUGCUGUGUUAUGGCCUCACCCUCCCCCUAGAGGGGGACACUGUCAAGCUGUGUGUGGAUGUGUACACAGACUGGAUGAUGGCCCUGGUGUCGCCCAGGGAAUCGAUGCCUCAGCCUGUGGUCAAGGAGCCCAAUAUGUAUGUCCAGACGAUCCUUAAACAUCUUUACAACGUCUUUGUACCAAGGCCUGAACAGCACAGUCUGAACCACAUCAGGCUUUGCCAGCAGGUUCUGACUGCAGUCCAGAAAUUGGCACGAGAGUCCGUUGCCAUGGUGAGGGAAACCUGGGAGGUGCUGCUGCUUUUCCUGCUUCGCAUCAAUGACACAUUACUUGCCCCGCCUACAGUUGGAGUUGGGGUGGCAGAAAAACUGGCAGAGAAAUUGAUGGCAGUGCUGUUUGAGGUGUGGCUACUGGCAUGUGCCCGCUGCUUUCCCACGCCGCCAUAUUGGAAGACAGCAAGGGAGAUGCUGGCCAAUUGGAGACACCACCCUCCUGUUGUAGAGCAGUGGAGCAGAGUAGCCUGUGCCCUGACCUCCAGGCUUUUGCGCUUUACCCACGGACCAUCCUUCCCACCUUUUAAAGUUCCUGAUGAAGAUGCCAACCUGAUUCCAUUAGAGAUGGACAAUGACUGUGUGGCACAAACGUGGUACCGCUUUCUCCACAUGCUUAGCAACCCAGUGGACCUGAGCAACCCUGCAAUAGUGAGCACCACUCCAAAGUUUCAGGAACAGUUUCUUAACUCCAGCGGUAUUCCUCAUGAAGUGGUGCUGCAUCCGUGUUUGAAACAGCUACCCCAGAUCUUCUUCAGGGCCAUGAGGGGCAUCAGCUGCCUAGUGGAUGCCUUCUUAGGUGUUUCUGUUGAAAAGAGAGAUGUACGGGAGAGGGUGUUCUCUUUUUGUCCAGUGCCGCUCUGUCAUGGUAUAUCACGUCCCAGAGCUGACAGUGCCCCGCCCACCCCAGUCAACAGAAUGAGCAUGUCCCCGCCACCCUCCAUCACCAACACCACGCCCCCUCACAGCCGAAGGCAACGGCAUACAGUGGUCACCAAAACCACAAGCAAGAGUUCAACUAGCAGUGGUAGUCAACCAACCAAAGCAUCCCAGCAGCAACAGCAGCAGCAGCAGCAGCAAACUUCGUCCUCCCCCACCCUGCUUUCCAGCCCCAACCAGAGCAGUUGGGAGUCUCGGCCUCUACCAGCCCCAGCACGGCCAAAGGUCAACAGCAUCCUCAACCUGUUUGGCCAGUGGCUUUUUGACGCUGCUUUGGUCCACUGUAAGCUCCACAGCGGCCUCAGCCGAGACCCCAGCAUGACUGCCUCUUUUAUCCAAAUUCUCCUUUCUUAUAAAUCUUCGAUAGCCACGCAAGUAGGGCUGGAGCUGAGAAGGAAAGGUUCCCAAAUGUCCACCGAUUCCAUGGUGUCCAAUCCCAUGUUUGAUGCCAAUGAGUUCCCAGAGAGCUACGAGGCAGGACGAGCUGAGGCCUGCGGGACUCUCUGCCGCAUCUUCUGUAGCAAGAAAACUGGAGAAGAGAUUCUGCCUGUUUACCUGUCCAGGUUCUACAUGGUCCUGAUUCAGGGUCUCCAGAUCUCCGAUUUCAUCUGUAGACCAGUUCUGGCUUCUAUCAUUCUCAACUCUUCCUCUCUCUUCUGUACUGACCUGAAGGGCAUCAAUGUGGUGGUGCCCUACUUCAUAGCUGCCCUGGAGACUAUUGUACCUGACAGAGAGCUGUCCAAAUUCAAGAUUUAUGUAAAUCCUACCGACCUGAGGAGAGCCUCCAUCAACAUCCUGCUUGCCAUGCUGCCAUUGCCACAUCACUUUGGCAACAUCAAAUCAGAGGUUCUGUUGGAAGGAAAAUUCAAUGAAGAGGAUGGGUGGCCCCAUGACCAGCCCGUGUCUUUCCUGUCCCUGAGGCUACGUCUCGUCAAUGUCCUCAUAGGAGCACUGCAGACUGAGACUGACCCCACCAACACACAGCUCAUCCUGGGUGCAAUGCUAAAUAUUGUUCAAGACUCAGCACUGUUGGAGUCCAUAGGUGCACAGACUGAAACAGGGAGUAUAGAUGGGAGUCACAUGACAGUGAGGAGUCAGAGUCACAGCCGUACCAACAGUGGCAUUAGCUUCACCAGUGGGGGCAGCACGGAGGCCACCAGCCCAGACUCUGAGCGUCCUGCCCAGGCCCUGCUUCGAGACUAUGCUCUUCCAGAUACGGCGGCAGGCCUGCUGGUGCGCAGCAUCCACCUGGUCACUCAGAGACUCAACUCCCAGUGGAGGCAAGACAUGAGCAUUUCACUGGCUGCCCUGGAGCUGCUUGCUGGGCUUGCCAAGGUAAAGGUAAAGGUGGGAGUAGACUCUGCAGACCGUAAGCGUGCUGUUAGCUCUAUUUGUGGGUACAUUGUGUACCAGUGUAGCCGUCCAGCUCCUCUUCAAUCCCGAGACCUCCACUCCAUGAUUGUAGCUGCCUUCCAGUUUCUCUGUGUGUGGCUCACAGAACACCCUGACAUGCUGGAUGAGAAGGAUUGUUUGGUAGAGGUGUUGGAGAUUGUGGAGCUAGGAAUCUCUGGCAGCAAGUCCCGACAGGAACAGGAAGUCCGACAUAAAGGGGAGAAGGAGCACAACCCAGCUUCAAUGAGGGUGAAGGACGCUGCUGAGGCAACUUUGUCCUGUAUCAUGCAGGUGUUGGGGGCCUUCCCUUCCCCCAGCGGGCCCGCCUCCACCUGCAGCCUGCUGAAUGAAGACACCCUGAUUCGCUAUGCCAGACUCAGUGCCACAGGAGCCAGCAACUUCCGCUACUUUGUCCUGGACAACUCGGUCAUCCUCGCCAUGCUGGAACAACCUCUCGGCAAUGAGCAGAACCCAAGUCCAUCAGUGACAGUUUUGAUCCGAGGGACGGCUGGCAGACAUGCCUGGACCAUGCAACUCUUCCACCAACCCAGAGGAGCUCGGGCCAAUCAGAGGCAGGUGUUUGUUCCUGAGGGCCGCCCAACGCCCAACAAUGACGUGGGGAUCAAGUACAACGUCAAGCAGAGGCCCUUCCCUGAAGAGGUGGACAAGAUUCCUCUUGUCAAAGCGGACGUCAGUAUUCCUGACCUGGAUGACAUUGUUAGUAAAGAGGUGUGUUGUAUGGGCUGGCAGGAUGAUUCGAGAGCUACAAAUACACUGAUGCGUAAUUACCCACACCUGGAAGUUCAGCAUGACAAGCUUCGUGUUCUGAUGACCAAGCAGAUAGAAUAUGAGAAUGCCUUGGAGCGGCACAGUGAGGAGAUCUGGAAAUCCAGGCGUUUCCCUGACCCACAGACCGACUGCAAACCCCCUCCGCCCUCGCAGGAGUUCCAGACAGCACGUCUCUUCCUCUCCCACUUUGGCUUUUUGUCUCUGGAGGCACUCAAGGAGCCCAACAACAGUCGUCUACCUCCUCAUUUGAUUGGCCUGGAGUCAUCCUUGCCAGGGUUUUUUGAGGACAUCAGCUACCUGGACCUGCUUCCCUGCCGACCAUUUGACACUGUCUUUAUUUUCUACGUGAGGGCUGGACAGAAAAGCAGCCCUGAGAUCCUGAGGAAUGUGGAGUCAUCGUCCAGUGUCCAGCCCCACUUUUUGGAGUUCCUGCUGUCCUUGGGCUGGCCUGUGGACGUAGGACGCCACCCAGGAUGGACGGGACACCUAGAUACCAGCUGGUCCCUCAACUCCUGCUCCGACAGCAAUGAUAUACAACAAACAGAGGAAGCAGCUACUCCUGAGGACACAGGAGGUUCAGUGUUCAACGGGGAGAAGAAAGUUUUGUACUACGCUGAUGCUCUGACAGAGAUUGCAUUCGUUGUUCCAUCUUUAACAGAAAAUUCUGAGGAGUCAUCAGUACACAGUGACUCCACAGUGGAGGCAGACACCAACACAGACCUCAUGCCUGGUUUACUAAAACAACCCAAUCUCACACUGGAGCUGUUCCCCAACCAUUCUGAAAACCUGGAGUCUGCCAAAAAGCUGAGUCCUUUGGUAAAGACAAAGAGGUCGUCGACUGGAAAGUCUUUCCCACCACUGGGUCCUGAGACGAAGGUGUUUGUGGUCUGGGUGGAGCGCUUUGAUGAUAUCGAGAACUUCCCGUUGUCUGAUCUCUUGGCGGAAACCAGCACAGGCUUGGAAGCUAGCAUGAGCAACAGCACUUCCUGCAGGUCAGGGUUACUAGAGAAGGAUGUUCCUCUGAUCUUCAUCCACCCUCUGAAGACGGGACUCUUCAGGAUCCGGCUGCAUGGAGCUGUGGGUAAAUUUGGCAUGGUGAUUCCCCUGGUGGACGGCAUGGUGGUCAGCCGCAGAGCACUAGGGUUUCUGGUGCGCCAAACGGUCAUCAACGUGUGCCGACGGAAGCGCCUGGAAAGUGACUUGUACAACCCGCCUCAUGUGAGGCGGAAGCAGAAAAUAACUGAGAUUGUCCAGCGUUACCGUAACAAGCAACUGGAGCCUGAGUUUUACACCUCGCUCUUCCACGAGGUGGGGGAGGGAAAGCCUCACCUCUAACCCCCCUGUCUUGUCCUAACACUGGCUCACAAGCACACAUGACACACACACACACACACACUCUCUUAUCCUAUACUCAUACACCAUUUACAUGUGCGUGCAUACACACACACACACACACACACACUCACACACAGAAUCUUUAUAUUUAUACUGUACUGUUCUGUUAUUUAUAUGAAUACAUAUAUCAACACUGUCUGCCUUUGACUCAGAGCAAAGUUUCAAAAACCAUGCCAAGGUGGAAAAAGCUACAAUUCUGUCGCAGCCACUCAUUGAAGAUUUGAAUGGCGGAAGUUCAACAGUGACUGUCUCUCCUCAUUUAGGUUCAUGCUUUGUGGCAAAAGAGUUUCUGCUUGUCAUUAACUGCAAUACAAUAGUUACACUGUUUGCCUUUCUGAAAUUGUAAAAAGUUUGUCCUUUAAACCCUGUGAUAGGAGUGAAUUUCAUGAUGGUUUGGUAAUACAGAGUUGCGUCCAAAGUUUUUGUUUUAAUCAAACAGAUUUUUGCCAGCAUUAAUCCAGAAUCUAAUUUUACAACAAAUUGUCAUCUACAUGGAGAUACCUGCUAAAGUCUUCCUUGUGCGAACACACAUUCGGCCAUUGCAGCAGCUGCCUUUUUCCCCCCAGAUGAUUUAUAGGACUCCUAUGUUGUAUUACUGUAUGUGGAUGUCAUUUUUGACACAUGCGCUGUCUCUGUGCCAGUCUGAAAGUCAUCCCAUCUCACAACAGCCACUGUGUGUGUGUGUGUGUGUGUGUGUGUGUGUGUGUGUGUGUGUGUGUGUGAGUGUGAGUGUGAGUGAGAGAGAGAGAGAGAGAGAGAGGUGCCACAUGUAUGCUUGUUCAGCCAGUCAAAUCAUUUACACUGCAAGGAGUCAUAAUGACCCCUAAAAACCCCAUAAAUGGCAUUUAAAGCUGAAUUAUCACUUUAAACAAAUGAGAAUCUCAAGAUAAUAGAAUUUUAAAACUUUCAAUUUUUUCCGUCAAGACAUAACCCUAGAAUUGGUUUACUCUUAGUGCUUGGUAACGUUUGAGUUUACUGAUAGUGAGAGUAGUUACAGAGCUCCUGGAGUUUGCACUUGAUGUUUGCAGGGCUAAUAUGAAAUGACCACAAAGACAUUUUAGGUUUGAAGUCUCUGCCAAUACCAAACAGAACUACAGCACAGCUGAAGUGUCUUUCUCCUCCAAACAAAUCUAUGGUGUUAGAUUCAAAGGCCAAAACACUCAAUGUAGCUGAAAGCAUUAUAUACAACUUGCAUUUUGGCUGAUCAAAGCUGUAAUUUAUUUUUAUUCUAGACACAAAAAGAGAAUAUUUAACUUGUCAGUUAUAUUCUGUUUGCUUCACAAUUUGUUUCACUUUUGUUUACUCACUGUACUUUGGUUUUGAUUCAAGCCCCCUCACUGUCUGCCUGUAACAAUGUGAAUUUAUUUAUCACAGAGAUGGAACAGGGCAAACACGUCUAGUUUCUUUGUUAUGUUGGAAAGUCUUAAUGCACUGAGCACAUUUUAUGUUUUUUUUCUAUUCCCUUUGGUUACCUUACAUGUCUUUUUGUACUUUUGUGCAUUUUGAAAGAAAACCCUGCUGAAGGAAUAGUUUUAUCUUGUGUAAUAUGAAUGAAGGCGUCGUGGAGUUUUUAACCUAUCAUGUCUAAUUGUGUGACUCACUUUUUAUGACAGUGCUUUAUGCACAUGCCUUUUUUGGAAGGAAAAAGUAAAAUUAAAUAUGCUUCAAAGAAACUACAUACAAUCAGUUAUACAUUGUAUCCUAUGUUACUCCUCUGAUGUUUGAUCAUAUUUAAGGAUUUGCCAUGUACAGAAGCAGAGGAUAAUAUGUAAAUAUAUGAUAGUGUAAGCCAUUUACAAGUUGUCUGUCAUCUGAGAUAGCGAGAAAAGUUAUGUAUGCAAUUAUGUGUGGGAGGAUUACAAUGGGUAUUGAAUGUAACAUGCAUCAAUUAAAACUAUUAUUGACAUUUUAA